AGUCCACGGGAUCAUCACAAAGGGCGCGACCACGCCCCCUUUUCACACCCCUGCGCGCUGAAGGAAGGACGAUAGCAGCGCCUUCGGUGACCGGUCGUGAACUUCAGUUGCCCUCUUCGUCAAAAAAUGGCUGCACAACUGGUUCGGAAGGCCUUCUCGUCGGCUGUGCCGAUGGCCCGUCGCUACAGCAGCGAGGUGCGAACUGUGACCCUGAUUCCCGGCGACGGCAUCGGGCCAGAGAUUUCUGCAGCUGUGCAAAAAAUUUUCGCCGCAGCGGAGGUGCCCAUUCAAUGGGAGCCAGUCGACGUGACACCUGUCCGUGGUCCUGACGGCAUGUUCGGCAUUCCUCAGGCUGCCAUCGACUCUGUGAACAAACACAAGGUUGGACUGAAGGGUCCUUUGAUGACUCCUAUUGGCAAGGGUCAUCGUUCUCUUAACUUGGCACUCAGGAAAGAGUUCAACUUGUACGCAAAUGUGAGGCCCUGCCGUUCCUUGGAGGGUUACAAAACCCUGUACGACGAUGUCGACGUCAUCACGAUUCGAGAAAACACUGAGGGUGAAUACUCUGGUAUUGAGCACGAAAUCGUCGACGGAGUUGUGCAGAGCAUCAAGCUCAUCACCGAAGAGGCCUCACGCAGAGUGGCUGAAUUCGCCUUCCAGUACACCAAGGAAAACAACAGAUCCAAAGUCACUGCCGUUCACAAAGCCAACAUCAUGCGCAUGUCCGACGGCCUUUUCCUGCACUGCUGCCGUGAGGUGGCUGAAAAGUACCCCGACGUCAAGUUUGAGGAGAAGUACCUGGACACCGUGUGCCUGAGCAUGGUGCAGGACCCCAGACAAUAUGACGUUCUUGUGAUGCCCAACCUGUACGGAGACAUUUUGUCAGACAUGUGCGCUGGCCUGGUUGGAGGUCUUGGACUGACUCCUAGUGGCAACAUCGGCCUGAACGGAGCUCUCUUUGAAUCUGUUCACGGUACCGCACCUGAUAUCGCCGGCAAGGACUUGGCUAACCCGACUGCCCUUCUUUUGUCCGCCUGCAUGAUGCUGCAGCACAUGAAUCUGCCAACCCACGCCGAGAAAAUCCAGAAGGCUUGUUUCGAAACAAUCAAGGAGAGCAAGUUCAGGACGGGUGACCUGGGCGGCUCUGCAAAGUGCUCUGAAUUCACCAACGAGAUUUGCCGCAAGAUUGCUGGUUGAAUUUAAGAGCCGCUGUUUUCCCAUUGAAUUACUUAGUAUGAAAAAAUCUGCCCUGAUCAAAAUGUAGGUUAAGCAGGCGAAGAAGCAGGAGGCAGGUCUCAAUUCAUUUCCUCCUUGAGUUCAGACAAAUAUUGUUAAAGACAGACAGAUUUACACACAUGUUGCAAUAUGCAGGACAGCUACAAAUUAAUGAAUGUUAACUUAUUUAUUGAAUGAAACAAAGCUUUCAUUAAGUAUUAUUUUCAAACUUGCAAUCUCAGUGUACCAUCAACGCCAAAAUUUUAUUUCUUGCCUAUGUGAUAUUUUCACAAUUUGUGCAUAACUUUGAUGACCUUUUUACUUGUUGAUGAAGGAGGUAAUUUGUUAACAGACCUAGUCAGACUUAAUGAGCAUUUGGGCUGUUGUCAUGUUAAACAAUAAACGUUACAAAAGAGUUAA